GGUCCGUUUCUGGAGUGAGGAAGACAAGAAAAUGACGACGACGGCCUGAAGUUCAAUCGCCGACGACGACGGCUACUAUGUCUAAAAGAAAGCAACCGUUGUCGACGGGUUCUUCAAAUUGACAUUGAACCGAACAAAAGUUAUUAUUACUGAAAGGCUUAAGUUCGAUGAAUCGAAAGCAAUCCAAAAUGUUUUCGUUUUGUUGUUUGAUGUAUAAGAAGUAAUGCGAAUGGAGUUCAAGCUUGUCACACCAUCAUCGUCAUCUAUGAAAUUUGCCCUUUUCUUCUCCCUCUCUCUUGCAGUUGCUUCCCACUCCACAUCCGCCAUAGCUGCUUUCUCUCCUGACUUGAGGCCUGCUCGAAAGCUCAAUUUCCGCCUUUAUUCUUCUCUAGCGCCGCCACAGGACUUGGCUGCCGCCUCCCGGGCCACAGCAGCUGAUUUGAUCUCGCUUUUAGGCCCAUCACAGCAAUCCUCCGCCAUCAGUUCCAGAGUGGCUGAGGAACUCCGGGCCUGCUUCAAAUUCCUCGUACCUUUCAUUUCUGGAUCUGAAUCAUUGAAACCCUCCUUGCACGUGCCGAAUUGGGAAUUGAGUCGCUCCAGGAGUAGGCAGGAGGAGAAUGAGCUUGUUUGGUGGCCACCUGAGCCAGUGAUGGAGCUCGCAAGGCUUGCCGUGGACUCGGGUGGCAAUCCCGGGGCUAUUCAUUGGGCUCUCGAUCCGAAAAUUAUCCCUGUUCCUGAUGUUGAAGGCUCAAAGAAAGAUCAUUGCGAGCUAACUAGAACUCCUUACGGGAGGCAUUUCAUAAACGAGGAGAUAAACUCAUACCUUAUGUAUUUGUUUGAGAUGAUUGUUCGUCGGGGCCCUGAGGUAGGGCUGAAUGUGUCAUUGAAUCGAUAUGAUUUCUUUCAUGGUCAUCUCUUUCUUGCCACCAACUCUCAAAGGCUUGGUAUUCUGUUUCAUGCUAAAGAGUACCCAGCAUAUGAUAAGGAAGUAUUUCCACUCAAUAUGGGUUACUGUCAAAUGGGGUCUAAUGUGGCAUAUGAUGAUUCAAUGAAUUUACGGAACAUAUUGUGGCUUGCUCCUUUACCAAGUGAAUCCAUUAACAAAUGGCUGGCACCAGGAGUCCUUGUAGUCCUAGAUGCACAUCCAGAUGGUAUCAUAUAUCGGGACCUAAUACCAGACUAUGUCAGUUUUGUGAGAACCCUUUAUGAAGAUGAUUUUGGACAGACUGCGGUUGAUGUUAACUACUUAAAUGUAGGAAAUGAUGCUCCCGAGUUCCAGCUUUUCAUCUGCUGACUGAUCAACUCGAUGAAGGAAUGCAAGCCUGAUUGUGAACGCAAUGAAGAAGGGAAUAUCAAAUUCAUGAAUUUCGAUGUGUUCUGCAUUCCUUUUGAUCAGCAUACAACAUCAUAGUCUGGCCACGACUAUAAAAACACGAGGAUAUCUCGACCGCUCUGUUUCAGAAGAAGGUACACUAGAAGAAGAAGACAUUGCUGAAGAGUUGCUAACUCACGCCCAACCUGAAUAUGUCAAUAUAUCGAAACGGCUUGCUGGGAAAUACAGGUACCAUGGGAGUGUUUUUGGGACGGAGGGCGGAAAACGGCUUGCUAUUUGUGCUAAAUCAAAUCGGGAGCCUUUUUUUAGGACGGAGGGAAUAUAAUUUACUAGACUAGUUCUUGAUGCAUGUAAAAUGUGAGUCCUUUAAAGACUUACUUGAUCCGUGCACGUAUCUAAUUAUUUAGUUCAGUUGGACAAAUCUAUAUU